AUGGAAAAACGAACUGACUUCAGCCGCGCCUCUUACUCCUGCUAUGAUGCGCCUAUCCGGGCCAGCUCUCAGCGCAUCACUGAGGGAAUCAGGUAUCUACGAGCUGUGAAGGGACGCCCCCGUGCAGGCCCGAACCAGAAGGGCCGUGUAAGCUGUUCUUACGGCGCUGGAAUUUGGUGGGUUAAUCGCGCCUCUACCACGAAGACUUUGGCCUCCUUUGGCUCCAUUGCGGAUGGUGCCCAGCACCUCAUGAAUAGGUGCAGAUUUGGCGCAUCUGUUGGCGGCAUUACUACCCACCCGACGCGCUGGGAAGUCCAGGUUUAUCGGACCUCGUGUUGA